AUGAAAGAGAACAAAGGUUUUAAUGACUCAUUCUCUUGUGAUUAUCCAUUAUUAACCCUUCUGUAUAGGCAGCAUCUUCCAAGUUCCUGCAUGCUCCCUUCUGUUCAGACACAGAACCAGACCUCUGGUUUCUCCUUUGUCUGGAGGGUCAGAGAGGGUUGGCAGUGUCAUGCUUUCCUUUCUUCUAGCUUUGCACAAAUUCUCUUUGCCUUUAAUGCUGUUUUAGCUUAUCUUGUUUAUUUUCAGCCCAUGCAGAAUUGUAUCAGAUUGAAAAAUUUUAGUAACAAAAUGAUACAUUUUGUGACAGAUAGGAUAGGCUUAUAUAUAAUCUAUUAA